UUCCUCUAAAUGAGGAGAUUAAAUUUCCUUUAUAAUGCACCAGCACGUACCACGCGGAGCAAGCGUAAAGUGACAGAUGAUGAAGUGCAUUAUUAAAAGCAUACAACGGAUUAGGCCUAUGCUUAAUCCAGGGGUUGUUUUUUUCCCACCACUUUCCUAUUUUACCAUCUCUCGUGCGUUUCCGCAGAAAAAGUCCAGAAGCUACGUGCCCUCCUCGCUCCGCCCUCCAUUACUGCAGUUUCCCUGAAACGCUGCGGACUACACUUUUACACGGACCGGUCUGCAAAAUCCAGUGACUGGACGCGCGGUUUUCAUCGCGAACGACGAGCUCGUGUCAGGAUUAGAGCGGGGACAGAUCUCUGAAUGGUGCUCAGUAUGGAUUAAUAAUCCCGUCCUGACUGCAGGUCGGCUCGUUUGGACGCUGCUUCCACCUCAGCCCUACAAUGUAUAAAACGUUACGGACGUCUUUACUAUCAAAUGCCCGGUGCUGGGAUGCAGAGAGUGAGAGGUCAUACCAGGACCUGUUUGACAGGCUCGAUACCAACAGAGAUGGGAAGGUGGAUGUAGCUGAAUUGCGAGCGGGCCUCAAGGCAAUGGGCAUAUUCCGCCAGGGUGCUGCACAGAAAAUUGUGUUGUCUGGUGACCAGAACAAGGAUGGGAGUCUGGACUUUAACGAGUUUACCCGGUAUCUGAAAGGGCACGAGAAGAAGCUGUGGCUGACAUUUAAGAGUUUGGACCGAAACAACGAUGGGCGCAUUGAUGCCUCAGAGAUCCAGCAGAGCCUUGCAGAGCUGGGCAUGGAUGUCAGCAGAGAGGAUGCCCUGAAAAUCUUACAGAGUAUGGACAUUGAUGGCACCAUGAUGGUGGACUGGAAUGAGUGGAGAGAACACUUCCUGUUAUACCCUGCCCACAACCUGGAAGAGAUCAUACGCUACUGGAAACAUUCCUCGGUGCUGGACAUAGGUGACAGCCUUGCCAUCCCUGAUGAAUUCACUGAAGAAGAGAAGAGCUCAGGUGGCUGGUGGAAGCAGCUUUUUGCUGGCGCAGUAGCGGGGGCCAUCUCUCGCACUGGUACUGCCCCUCUGGACAGGAUGAAGGUCUUGAUGCAGGUUCACUCCUCUAAGACCAACAAGAUAAGCCUGGUAGGGGGCUUUAAACAGAUGAUCAUAGAAGGAGGUCUAACUUCACUGUGGAGGGGAAAUGGAAUCAAUGUUUUAAAGAUUGCACCUGAGACAGCAAUCAAAUUUAUGUCAUAUGAACAAUAUAAGAAGUUGUUAUCAUCAGAGGGCAAAAAGAUUGAGACACACAAGAGGUUUAUGGCUGGCUCUCUGGCUGGGGCCACAGCCCAGACAGCCAUCUACCCCAUGGAGGUAUUGAAAACUCGACUGACCCUGAGAAAGACUGGCCAGUAUUCAGGAUUGUUUGACUGUGCCAAGAAGAUCCUGAGGAAGGAGGGUGUUAUAGCUUUCUACAAGGGCUACAUUCCAAACUUACUGGGCAUCAUUCCCUACGCCGGGAUAGACCUCGCUGUUUAUGAGAGUCUAAAGAACACUUGGUUGUCGUACUACGCCAAAGACUCAGCUAACCCUGGAGUUCUGGUGUUGCUGGGCUGUGGGACCAUCUCUAGUACCUGUGGCCAGCUGGCUAGCUAUCCACUCGCACUUGUACGCACACGGAUGCAGGCACAAGCGUCUCUGGAUGCAUCAGACCAGCCCUCUAUGAGUUCUCUGAUGAAGAAGAUUGUAGCCAAAGAUGGUUUUACCGGACUCUACCGCGGAAUCCUGCCAAACUUUAUGAAAGUCAUUCCUGCUGUCAGCAUUAGCUAUGUGGUUUACGAGUACAUGAAAACUGGCUUAGGAAUCUCCAAAUGAUAGUGCAAGCAAAUAAAAAAGAACAUUUACUGUA